UCAUAUUUCUAUGGUCAUAAACUCAUGCUUUAUCAAUUCAGUUCGGUCUCCCCAACAACACAAGUGUGAUUCCUUGUUGAGAACCCACCCAAAAGUCCCCCCAUCCCCAUUUUUCCCCUCAUGUCAUUGCCCUUUUAGGCCCUGCCUGUGAAUAGUUCAACCUCUCAAGGCACCAAUAUUCACAAUUCUGGUCUUGAGAUCCUGUUUUUCUGAUUCUACACCAGAUAACCGUCGAAUUUUCUGGCUUGUGCUCUAGCUUUUCUAGACUGCGAACUACAACCCAAAGAAAAGGGGCUGAUGGACCUACAACAACUAAUAGCUGCAGCAAUUUUCAGUUAGCUUAGCUCCAAGAACCUUACUGACUACUCACAGUACUCACCCCCCCCAGCUGUAUCUUCCCAGAAGGCAACCAUGAAUGAGUAUGAUUCUGAAAGAUCAAAGCCCUGGAACAUCUACACCAGCUCAAACCCGAGCCCGUCUCAGCCAGGAAUCGACAGGGAAGCUCCAUGGAAGAACUUUGGAACAUCCAUGAAUGCCAUUUCCUUUGGAUUCGUUGCUACCGCAAUCUUAAUUUCAAUGUUCCUUAUCAUGGCCAUCUUCGAACAUUUGUUCAGGCCCACAGCUUCAUUUUCCUCGCCUCAGGACAUGAACGGUGGGUCUUUGGAAUCAGGAUCGAUCCAUAAACUCAGAAGCCUAGAAGCAGUGUCGACAUCGUAUUCAUCGGAUUUUUCGGUAUUGAUGCCAGGGGAGAGGUACCCAACCCACAUUGCCCAACCAGCUCCCCUGCCAUGCCCAAGAGAAGGAGUGUAUUGGCCUCAACAUGAAAAUAAUUUUGUAUUUGCUUAGACUAUAUGAUACUUGAAUUUCAAGCAUAUCAAUGUGAAUGUAUCUAUUUUUCACAAAUGGGUCAAGCUUAUACUCACUCUUCUUGAGUGCUUGCCCCCUUUCAAUUUUACAAGAUAUUUUAUCCCAUCAUACCCAACUUUAAAUCUGA